CAAACUUGAUCAUCAACAAAGCAGGAUUCUCGAUUCUCGUCAUCGUCUCGUCUGUUCGCAUCAAACAAGAUGGCUCCGUUCUGUUUAUAAUAAUUAUUUGAAAUAAUAGUUAUUUAUUGAAUUAUUUUUCAUAUUUUGACAAUCUUCUUCUCAAGAUGACGACUACUACUACUGAAGAAAAAACGGAAGUGGACUGGGGAAGUGAGAAGCUGAACAAAGCGCAGGAAGCAAUCAAAGAGAACCAAUGGGACCUGGAGGCGUGGAGCAUGCUGAUAAGGGAGGCGCAAACCAAGUGGAUAAACGAUGUGCGCCCUUUCUUCGAGCAACUGGUCACCGCGUUCCCGUCAACCGGACGCUAUUGGAAAUUGUAUAUUGAACAGGAGAUGAAAGGAAGAAAUUUUGAAAGAGUCGAAAAGUUAUUUCAACGAUGCCUCAUGAAAGUUCUCAAUAUCGAUCUGUGGAAACUUUAUCUUGCCUAUGUGAAGGAGACCAAGGCUGCGUUACCCACCUACAAGGAAAAAAUGGCGCAGGCCUACGAUUUCGCCCUGGAAAAGAUCGGAAUGGACAUCCAAUCGUACUCGAUUUGGAACGAUUACGUGCAGUUCCUUCAGAGUGUCGAAGCCAUCGGAUCAUACGCCGAGAAUCAGAAAAUAAGUGCUGUCCGAAAGGUGUAUCAAAGAGGAGUGGUGAAUCCGAUGGUGAACAUAGAAGCGUUGUGGAAGGAUUACAUGGCGUUCGAGCAGGGCAUCAAUCCGAUCAUAGCCGAGAAGAUGAGUAUGGAGAGGAGUCGCUACUACAUGAACGCCAGACGGGUGGCCAAGGAGUUCGAGGCUGUCACCAGGGGACUCAACAAGAAUAUACCCAGUGUACCUCCUACUGGCCAUAUGGAUGAGUUGAAACAGGUUGACUUGUGGAAAAAGUACAUAAUGUGGGAGAAGUCGAAUCCGCUUCGCAGCGAGGACACUGCGCUGGUGACGCGACGCGUGAUGUUUGCCUUCGAGCAAUGCCUGCUCUGCGUCGGACAUCACCCCGACAUCUGGUUCGAGGCCGCACAGUUCCUAGAGCAGAGCUCCAAGAUUCUCGUCGAGAAGGCGGAUGUAAACUCGGCGAAACUGUUCAGCGACGAGGCAGCGAACGUGUUUGAGCGAGCCACUUCGUCGACUCUGAAGCACAGCAUGCUGCUCUACUUCGCCUACGCCGACUUCGAGGAAGGCCGCAUGAAGUACGACAAAGUGCAUCAGAUCUACGCCAAGUUCCUCGACAUUCAGGAAAUCGAUCCUACUCUGGCUUACAUCCAGUACAUGAAGUUUGCAAGACGAGCAGAAGGAAUCAAGUCCGCGCGAAAUGUAUUCAAAAAAGCACGAGAGGAUUCAAGAUCGAAAUUUCAUAUAUUCGUAUCAGCUGCUCUGAUGGAAUACUAUUGUAGUAAGGACAAAAACAUAGCAUUUAGGAUAUUCGAAUUGGGAUUGAAAAAGUUCUCUGACAGUCCGCAAUAUGUUCUCUGUUAUAUCGACUACUUAUCACAUUUGAACGAGGACAAUAAUACCAGAGUACUGUUUGAAAGGGUUUUAUCUUCAGGAAGUUUAGAACCAGAAAAAUCGGUUGAAAUCUGGAACAAAUUCCUUGAAUUCGAAUCAAACAUUGGAGAUCUAACCAGUAUUGUAAAAGUUGAGAAAAGGCGGAGUGCUGUCUUGGGAAAGAUAGCUGAGUUCGAGGGAAAAGAGACUGCACAAUUAGUUGAUCGUUACAAAUUCCUUGAUCUAUAUCCUUGUUCUGCGGCUGAACUCAGGUCAAUAGGGUACAACGAAGUGACGGCUACUGUGAAACAGCACACAAUGGCGGCGAUGAUGGGGUCAGGGGGGCCAUCACGCGGCUUCCUCGACAGCUGCCUCGACGACCACCUGGAGACACAGAGCAGCAAUCUGCCGCGACCCGACACCACGCAGAUGAUCCCCUACAAGCCCAAAUCCAAUGCCUACUUGGGCGAGCACACUGUGCCAGGAGGGGCCUUCCCCUUUCCUCCCGCCGCCGCUCACCUCUGCACACUGCUGCCGCCUCCGCACUGCUUCCUGGGGCCCUUUGUCGGCGUCGAUGCGCUCAUUGACGUCUUCAGCAAGAUACUCUUGCCUGAUACCGCACCUCUGCCUACGACGGACAACGGCUGCGACACGAAGCUGUUCGACCUGGCGAAGUCGGUGCACUGGGUGGUGGACAGCGAGGAGGGGGGGAAGCGCAAGCGCCGGCUGAACGGCGGCGUGGGAGGGGGAGGGGAGGACAGUGAUGAUGACGAGAUGAUGGGAGCGCCGCCCGCCAACGACAUCUACAGGCAGCGACAGCAGAAGCGGGUCAAGUGAGGGGGCAAGUGACAUUUUAGAGAGGGAGGGCGAAAUGUGUGCUAGAUUUGAGAGGGGGAAAGAUUGAGUCUGGGGAAGAAUGAGUAAAAGUGUGCAAGAUUUAGGAAGAGAGAAUAAGUGGCUGAAGGGUCAAAUGAAGGUCUAUGGAAGAGAUAGGAUGAGGAGAAAGGAGGAAGGAAAAUGUGUGAAUGAGUAUGAAUUGUGUACAAGAUUUGAGAGGGGAAAAGAUUGAGUCUGUUUGCGAAAGGAAAUUGUGAGAGGAGAAAUAGGAAGGAAAAAUAAGUUGUGGAAGCAUCAAAUGAGGGUUUAUGGAGGAUGAAAAGGAUUUUUGGUACACUUUUCUUUAUUAUUCCAAUUUGAUAAUCUUUUUCAAUAUAAUUGUUAAGAUCAUUAUAAUAAGAGUGAGAAAAAGUGGCAACUGAAAUUUUUAAGUGGUCUAAUAAGCUAGUUAUGGGUUGUUGAAUUGUUAACUUUCCAGAUUAUAAACGGUUUCGACUAUAUUAUUAAAACUCCUAUUAAAAAUUCAAAAAAUGUAUCUUUCCAAACUAAAACAUUUUAUUCCCCAUUUCGUUCUUAAAUAAAAAGUAACAUUAUUUGUAAAUUCGAUAACUUGUUUAUUUUGGCAUUAAUCGCGAAAAAACGCAUAUUAGAACAAAGCCAAUGAUAUACUGAAUGUAUUUAAAAAAAACUCAAUGGAAAAUUCAAAACCGUUUAUGAUCUGGAAAGAAAGCAGAAUCUGGAAAGUUAGCACUUCAACAACCCAUAACUCGCUUAUUAGACCACUUGGAAAUCUCAGUUGCCACUUUUUCUCACUCUUAUAAUGAUCUUAACAAUUAUAUCGAAAAAGAUUAUCCAAUUUAAAUAAAAAUGAAAUGGUUUACCGAACAGCGUUAAGAGAGGAAAGAGAGUUGAGAGAGUGGGUGAGGGUGAAUGAGAUUGAUGGAGGGGAUGGAACGAGGAAAGAAAGGAUUUGAAAGACGGAGGGGGAGGAAAAUGUUUGGGGAAAGAGUGAAAAUUUAAGUGGGGAAAAUAUUGCGUCUGUUUGGGAAUGAAGAUUGCAAAAAAAUAGUAAAAAUAAAGCCGGAUUCUCACUUAUCAGUGUCAGUGAAAGAGACCGCUGGUAGAAGUCCAAUCAGAAUUCAUGGUAAUUAUAAUUUUACUGUGCUGGUCAAGUAACUGAUACUGAUUUGUGGGAAUAUUAGUGGGAACAGUAAGAAUAUUAUUCCCAUAAGUUCUAAUGAAACCAUUCAUACUCGCUUAAACCAUGGUGAGUGGGAAUAGUCCAAUUAGAAUUAAUGGAAGUUAUAUUUUUACUGUGCCGGUCAUGUUUACUGAUACUGACUUGUGGGAAUCCAGUUUUAGUGAUAAAAAUGUGACUGAUGGAUGGAGGAUAAUGUAGGUGAAUGCCAGGAAUAUUGAAUACUAUAGUCGGUUCUGGGAGUAGAGAGACGAUGUAAACAAACAUGAGCGUGAGAGAAUGGAUUCUGGGGCAGCAAGACCGAUUCACAGUAACCACUUAACAUCUAUGAAUGAACUGAAUAAUCACAAUACUUAAGUCAGUUUUCAUGAAGGCAUUGUGAUCUAAGACUUCUGCAAUGAAGCGAGCGGAUAUGCGUCAUCACUUUUAUAGGCAAACUUAAUGCUAUUGUAGUUUUUCCUCUCGAUGAAUCGACUUGAAAUACUUAUACAAAUGCCCGGUUGAAAUUAAGUGCAUGAAUGAGGUAAUUAUGAGUGUAAUCAAGGGAAUAAACUAAAGAAAUUGAAGGAGUAGGUGAAGAAGUAAGUUGGAAUGAAUGUACAAGAGAGGGAAGAAGUUAAUUAUUGAGGAAAGAAAUGGUGAAUGAGUAGAAAGAAUAAAAUUAAUGGAAGACCGGAAAAUGAGUUGUACGAAGAUGGCAAUUAGAAGGAGGUAACUGCUAAUAUCUGAAAUCUUGGAAAGAAGAAAGUUUCAAUAAAAUAUUUUAUUAGUGGCCAGAGGAUGAGAAAGGAGAGAAGGAUAAGUAGGUAGGAAGAAUUCAGCGGAGGGAAUGAGAGAGAAUGUCUGUGUAAAAAAUAGUAUUGAUAAAAAUGAAGAUUUGAUUAUAAGAAGAAAUUAGAAAUUGAAAGAUUGAAAAUUCAAUGAGAUGAAAAUAUUGAAGGAGAAGACUGUGAAAAAAUCUAUUCAAAUAAAUUUCAACGAACAAUUUUUCUUGGAUGGUGAAUCACUUCCGGUGAUCCGUUGAAAUGGUUUCGGUUGUUAUCAUAGUCCCUAUUCCAGAAUGUUUUGAGAUUAUUUAAUAAUGAUGUAUCAACUGAAAAUAAUUAAUAAUUGCUUAAUUAAAUGAGAGAACAUUCAAUUAUUCCUGUUUUUCAUUCAAAAUAAAUAUUGGGAAUGAAUUAAAUAUAGAUUGGGAUUAAAAUGAGGGAUCUAAUUAUUGAAAAGGGGAAUCAAGAAUAAAAAUGAAACAAAAGGUUAUUGGAUUCUGUUCAAAUAAGUCAAACAAAUGAAUUACUGAUAUUUAUUUUGGAUGAUUUUGUAUUUAGGAGUUAUGUGAUAUGAGUAAAAGAUAAAUCACACAAACAAGGAUUUGAUAUUGAUAUUAGAAUUUCGUCCUACAUUAAGACUUUAGCUGUAUAUUUAUAAUGUUGAUACCCAUCGGAUAUAAGAGAUAAAAAUUCUAUGAUGUGUUACACUUCGAUUUUAUUGUGUUUAGAAUAGGCCUAUCAGAUCACUUGUUGUCUCAAAUUAAUAAUUUAUUAAGUAUUGGUAAUUAAAAACGCUACUCAAGGCUUACCUGAAUGAUAUGUCUCUUGUAAAGUAUAAGUACUUGAGUCAAGUAAAAAUUAAUUGCUUUGAUUGAUAAGAGCAUAAUAUCAAUAUAAUUCAGAUUUUUCAAGUAGAGUUGAUCUCGACAGCCUUAAAAUUAGCUAUAAAUUAUAAAUUUUGGGGUUGAGCCUUCAAAUCAUAUUCAUCGGAUACAAAAAUGUAUUAUCUAUUUUGUAAUAAAUAAAAUAAAAAUGUUAAUUAUAUCCACGGAAAUUUCGGGACAGUAACAGUAUCCCACAUCUAUAAUCAGAGUAUAAUAUUGGUAUGUGAAUCUCUUCUGGUAUUUCAAUUUACAAAUUUUAAAUUUGAAUCUUAUUAACUUUGUCUUAAUUUUGUAAAAGAAUCUAUUUAUGUGAUAAAUACAUUUUAUGAGAUACAUUUCAAGUUCAUUUGAAAUAUCGUGUUAAUGAAAGUGUUUACUAGCAUUUUUAUUUGAAAAACCAACUAAGGCUUAGUACUAGUUUAUUAUCUAGAUUUUUAUUUGAUACUUGUUGUACAAAGUUUCUUGUUUUUAAAUCAGGGUUUUAAUAAACCAAGUUGAAGAGAAA